UCCAUUUCUGUUUCUGCUCGAUUUCGGAGACGCUAUCCUCCAAACCUACGACCUUCAGCAACUAGGCGGCCCAGUAUGUCGAAGACGGUGCAGAUAUCCUCACCGGCACAGCUGAGUGACCUGCUGAAGGCAUCCAGAAUUGUGGUGGCCGACUUCUACGCCGACUGGUGCGGGCCUUGCAAGCAGAUCGCACCUAUCUACGAACAGCUGUCACAGGGCCUCUCGCGCGAGAACGUCGUUACCUUCGUUAAGGUCAAUACCGAUCAGCAAAAGGAGAUUGCGGAAGCCUACGGGGUUACAGCACUGCCAACAUUUAUUGUCUUCCGCGAUGGCAAGGUAAUCGAGAAGGUCCAGGGCGCAGACCCUCGGAAGCUACAGGAAGUGGUCAAGAAGCUCGGAGCGGAGGUCGAGAAUGUCGGCACCGGAGGCGAGGCGAGCGGCAGCGGAAGCAGCGGGGCCAGCUGGAGGGGCGCCGACCUUCCGCGAGGCUACACCGAUAUCACCAGCCAGAUUGAGAUCCAGCGAUGUGAGCUCCUGAACGUCGCCUCGGAUACCGGUGGCGUCCGGGUUCUCUUCGAUUCUGCGAAGCCCAGCGCGCUUGCCGGGGGCAAGGCAAAUGCAAAGGACUGGAUUGAGAGCGAUACAGACGAGCAGCUGAUGUUGUUCCUGCCCUUCCAGUCGAUGAUUAAACUCCACACUCUACAGAUCACCUCUCUCCCCCCGACCGACGUCGACGACGACGAUGCACCAAUGAGGCCGCGCACGAUCAAGCUCUUCAGCAACAAGCCGCACAAUCUUGGAUUCGACGAAGCCGACGACACCACCCCAACUCAGGUCAUCGAGCUCUCGGAGAAUGACUGGAAUAAGGACGGUACUGCCAACAUCGGCCUGCGCUAUGUCAAAUACCAGAAUAUCAACAGCCUCGUCAUGUUCGUCGUGGACGGAGACGGUGACAGCGAGAAGGUACGGCUGGAUCGAGUGAGGCUGGUAGGAGAGUCUGGCGAGAAAAGAGAGAUGGGCAAGUUGGAGAAGAUUGGAGAUGAACCUGGAGAGUGAUCUGAUUUACGGCUUUACGAGAGGGUUGAAGACGCGGGCACCGUCGUCGUCUAUCUACAUUAAACAGGUGUAAUUGCUGGCUUCCGGUUGGCAGGCUCGAUGACAGGGAGAUAGCAUGGCAGGGAGACACAUGACUUUGGCGAGCUUCGAGUUUUGUAAUGAAGCUUCCACAUGAAUAGAGAAAUGGGAGGGCCCUCCUGCGCAGCUCACUUCAUCCGGAGUGUUCGUGUCGCUAAUGGUUUAGACUUUGCUACCUACCUAAGUUCUUCGUGCUACUUUGGAAGUCGCCCAGAAGCCCCGGGGGCAGGCAUCCCCUCGUGGUCGGUCGGAAAAUAGGGGCUAGGGGAGUCACGUGGUAUGCCUUGCCGAAAUCACGAACAUCCUUGGACGGACAUUUUGAC